GAGCAGGCCAGGCAGUAGAGCUGGUUUUAUAGCGACAGCCAAGCAGAGGUAGCAGCCAGUAGAACCAUGGGCAGGAUGCUGUGUGCUCUGAUUCUCUUGUCUGGUCUCCUGGGGGCCGCCAAGGCCAGCCCCAUCACGGGCCCCCGGGAGUGUGCCAAGGGCUCUGAGGUAUGGUGUCAAGACCUGCAGGCAGCUGCGAAGUGUCAGGCCGUGAGGUACUGCCAGAGUGCUGUCUGGAGCAAGCCCAUAGUCAGGUCCCUGCCCUGCAGUGUGUGCCAGGAUGUGGCAGCCGCUGCUGGUAAUGGGAUGAACCCGGAUGCUACAGAGGCUGACGUUUUGGGAUCGAUAACGAAGACCUGUGAGUGGCUUCCAAGCCCGGAAUCAUCAGCUAAGUGCAAGCAGAUGGUGGACAACCACAGCCCAGCUGUCCUGGGCAUGCUCAGCGGAACCCCAGACACUGCCGUGGCUCCGGUAUGCACUGCGCUCACCCUUUGUGAGCCACUACAGAGGCACCUAGCCAUUGCCACCUCAGAGAGACCGCUGACGCAGGAGGAUAUAACUGAAGUGAUGGCUCCAUUUUUGUCCAACGGGGCCCUCAGCUUCCACCCAUCACAGAUGCCUGGGGAUACUGUAUGCCAAGAUUGCAUGCAGCUGAUCUCCACGCUCCAGAGUGCUCUAGAGUCUAACUUGACCUUGGCAGAGGUAACUUUCCAGGAUCAGUGUGCAUCCCUGGGGCCUGGCCUGGCUGCCCUCUGCAAGAACUACAUCCGACAGCAAUUCGUCCCCGCCCAGCAGACGCUGCAGAUUCUCCCCUCACAGGAGGUCUGCAGGAAGGGGGGCUUCUGUGAGGAGCAGAGAGAGCCUGCCCACCGGCUGGCUCAAGUGGCCGCUGUGGAUGGAAUCCCUUCUCUGGAACUGGAGCUGCCCAAGAAGAAUGAGAUGCAGAUGCAGCUGGGCCUGACCUGUGAUGUGUGCUUGAAUGUGAUCCAGGAGAUGGACAAAUGGCUCAUGACCAACAGCACAGAAGCCCUCAUCACCCACACCCUGGAGCGAGUGUGUUCCAUAAUGCCCGAAACUCUGGUCCAGCAGUGCAUCACCCUGGUGGAGGCCUACAGCCCCAACCUGGUUCAGCUUGUGACCAGAGUCACCCCAGAGAAAGUGUGUGAGACCAUCAGGCUGUGUAACAGCAGAAGGCAGGCCAGGUCCAUCUCCAGGGCUGAGGCAACCACACCGUCCCUGCUGGUGGAUGAAGAAAACCAAGGCAGCUUCUGCCAUGGGUGCAAAAGGAUACUGGGCGUAUCUUCCCAGAACCUGGACCGCAAGAGCACCAAGCGGGACAUCCUGAACGCCUUCAAAGGCGGCUGCCGAAUCCUGCCACUGCCUUACGUGCUUCAGUGCAACCGUUUCGUAGCGGAGUAUGAACCCGUACUCAUAGAGAGCCUCAGGCUCAUGAUGGACCCCACGGACCUGUGCAGGAAGAUGGGGGCCUGCCACAGCCCCAAGAUUCCACUUCUAGGCACAGACCAGUGUGUCUUAGGCCCCAGCUUUUGGUGCAAGAGCCCAGAGGCCGCUGAGAUGUGUGAUGCCCUGGAGCACUGCCAGCGCCUGGUGUGGAAGAAGCCGGCCUCCGAGGUCAAAGAGCAGCCAUGACUGGGGCCACCAGAACCCAAAGCCUGCCAGGGCGGAUCCCACCUGCAGGCUUCUGCCUCCCAAGGGGACCCUAUGAGGUGGGUGCUAUCCCACCCCCCAUGUCCUAGAUGAAAAACUGAGGCUCUGGGGAGGGAGUUGGGGCUGAGCAGAGCUGGCAUUUUUUCAAAGCCAUGCUCUCCUGAUGCUGGACGGCUUCACCUUUCUGACUCUACCCUCAUCACGGUCACCCCUGCUAUAAACAGGAAGUCCUCACCCCUGCCCCAGGAAGCCACCCUCUCCUACCCCUGCUGUGAUGCUGAUGGCCUGGAGGAACCCGUCAGAGGCCUCCCAUGCAGGGUGAACACCCAGCUGUGAGCCAAAGCAGUUGCAGAGGGAAGGGUAGAGGGGACCGCCACUAGUCAGGCCAAUGACUUAUCCAUAGCUUGGGGUGGGGGUUGGGUAUUCUCAGUCUGGGAUCUCUGUGACUGGUUCCCAAUGGUGCAGUUGGGACAUGAGUGGCUCUGGACUUCUCGGGAGCGGGGAGGGGCCUGGGUUAUUGGCCACCACCUACGAGGGGUAUUUGGACUUCAUAGCACUCCUGUCCAUGGCUCUGUUCUCUCACCGGGACUCCAGCCACCCUGGUACUAAGUAGUCCCGGGUGUGCUUAAAAUUAGGAGAACAAACCCCACUGGGCGAGCUCUGGGGAAGGCCUGAGGGGUACGGAAUGACUGUGGCAUGGGCCACAGCAAGAGCUCCACCCUAGUGAGCAGAUCCUUUUUCUGCUAAGCCUCAGUUUUUCAAUCUGUAGACUGGGAGGAUCAUGCCUGCCUCAUAGGGAUGUUGAGACAAUUCUAGAUGUCCUCAAGUUCCUUCCCUUAGAGACCAGCACCCAUUGACCUACCCAGAUCAGCAAAACCUAUCUUGGGAAUCAGUAGGGUCUCUGGGGAAUCUGCCCAAGCAAGUGUUAUAUAAACCAGCUUUCUCCAAAUGA